UUAUCCGCUUGGGGUGCCGCCGCCGCCGCCGCCGCCGCCUCACGAGCCCCGGCGCCUCAGCCGCGGACUCACCCCGCCCGCCGCCUGCCGCUCGCAGCGCAUGGGGCGCGCCCCCGGAGCCGCGGCCGGGGGCCGCUGAGCGCCGGCCGCCCUGCCGAUGCACGCUGCCGCCCGCGCCGGGGCGCCCAGGCCGCUCGGGGCCCGGGGCUGAGGCCCCCCGCGCGGCAUGCCUGGCCCGGACCGCCGCCCGCCGCCGCUCAGGGCCCGAGCCCGCGCGGCCCGUACCGAGCCCGGCGGCGCCGCAUAGCGUGCGGCAGCGGCAGGGGAGGCGGUAGCCGACGGCGCGGCCGCAAGGUCACCCGGCCAUGGAGGCCAAGGUCCGCCAGAGCCGGCGCUCGCGCGCGCAGCGGGACCGCGGCCGGCGCCGGGAGGCGGCCCGUGACGCCCGCGACCAGAGCGCUUCUUCGGGCGAUGAGCCCGAGCCCGGUCCCGGCAAGGAGAACGCCUGCCUGCCCCGCCCGCCCCAGUCCCGCGCCGCCGCCGCGCGCCCCCCGCGCCGCCGCCGCCGCGAGUCCAGCUCGCAGGAGGAGGAAGUCAUCGAUGGCUUCGCCAUCGCCAGUUUCAGCACGCUGGAGGCCCUGGAGAAGGACAUGGCCCUGAAGCCACAUGAGCGGAAGCAGAAAUGGGAACGUCGCCUUGUCAAGAAACCUCGGGAGUCAGAGACCUGCCCAGCUGCAGAGCCAAGUGAGAAUGGGCGACCUGAAACAGGAGGACAGCCCCUGGAGGCGGGUGACCCUGAGCAGGACCCGCAGCCUGCCUACGACCAGGGGGCAAGGAAGGCCCCACUGCAGCCCACUAAGCAGAUGAAGGUUGCAGUGUCCAGAGGGGGCUCCCACAACAGUGAUGAGGACAGCUGCCCCGAAGCCACCAGCUCACGCAGGAGCAGUUCUCGGGACCAGCUCAGUGAUAGCUCAACGCAGGCGGUUUCGGGCAGAGGCUACUCCUGCGACCGGGACAGUGACAGUGACUGUGAUGACAAGGCAUCUGUGGGCUCAGAGAAGCUCUUUACCCCUGGAGCCAAUAAAGGCUCCACACUGGGUGAGCCGCCCGAGGCCAAGGCCGGGACAGGAACCAAGGUCUCAGGCCUGGAGCGCAGCCGCGAGCUGAGCACUGAACCGCCCUUCCUGCCCCCUACUGGCCCCACGCCUGGCGCCCCAGCCAGCCCACCAGUCAAGAAGGAGGCCCUAACCCCAACCCGCCUGCCCCGGCAGCUGCCGCCCGCACCCCCCCGGGCCCCGCUCCCAGCGCACGUGCCUGUCCCCCUGGGCCAGGGCCCUGCCUCGCACAACGGCCUGCACGGCCUCAGCAGGAGCAGCAGUGCCAGCAGCGCCGGCCUUGGGCUCUCCCAGCACGCACCCCUGCCGCCGCCCGGGCCGGGCCCCCUCCUCUCUACCUCACACUUGGCGCUCCGCUCGCAGGCCCAGCACCAGCAUCGCGCGGCCAUGUUCGCUGCGCCCCCAACACUGCCCCCGCCCCCGGCACUGCCGGCCAACAGCCUGGUCAUCCCAGGACACCCCGCCGAUGCCAGCCUGUUGAUCUCGUUCAGCCAGCCAAUCAUGUAUUGCCAGCCUCAUGCGAGGAUUCUGAUUGAUCACGAGCUGCUCAGGCAAGAGCUGAACGCGCGUUUUCUGGUGCAGAGCGCCGAGCGGCCCGGCGCCACCCUGGGCCCAGGGGCGCUGCAGCGGGCAGAGUUCCACCAGCACCAACACACACACCAGCACACACACCAGCACCAACACACAUUCGGCCCCCUCCCCAUGGGGCUGCCCCCAGCGCCUCUCCUGCCGCCCGCCGCACCCCUGCCGUUUGACAAGUAUGCGUGUAAGUUGGACAGCCCCUACUUCCGACAUUCCAACUUUUUCCCGCCCUUCCCCUCUGCCAUCCCUGGACUGCCAACCCUGCUCCCACACCCAGGACCUUUUGGGUCCCUGCAGGGUGCUUUUCAGCCCAAGACUUCAAGCCCCAUCGAGGUAACUGGCCGGGCCAGUGCUGUUCACCCCCUCUACCAGAAAGCCCCUGGGGUGUCCGACCCAUACCGGACAGUGGUCAGGAAACCCGGGAAGUGGUGUGCUGUGCACGUGCAGAUUGCCUGGGAGAUCUACCACCACCAGCAGAAGGUGAAGAUGCAGCUGGACCCCCACAAGCUGGAAGUGGGCACCAAGCUGGACCUGUUCGGCAGGUCCCCUGCCCCAAGCAUGCUCGCCGGAUUUCACUACCCGCAGGACCUGGCCCGGCCCCUCUUCUCUAGCUCGGGUGCGGCCCAUCCCCUCACCAACCCAUUCGGACCCUCGACGCAUCCUGGCAGCUUCCUAUCCACGGGUCACCUGACAGACCCUUUCAGCAGAUCAAGCACCUUUGGGGGCCUUGGGAGCCUGGGCAGCAAUGCCUUCGGGGGCCUGGGCGGCCACAUGCUAACUCCAGGGGGCAGCAUCUUUGCCCCCAAGGAGGGCUCUGCACUGCACGGCCUUCCCAGCCCCCACGAGCCCUGGAACCGUCUGCAACGGGCACCAGCCUCCUUCCCCACACCGCCCCCGUGGCCCAAGCCCACCGACACGGAGCGGGUCUCAGCCCUGACCAACCACGACCGGGAGCCAGACAAGGGCAGGGAGGAGCACGAGCGGGACCUCCUGGAGAAGACGCGCCUGCGGAGCCGAGCUUCGCCUGCAGCCCCCAUGGGCCUCCCGGCCAGCAGCAUCCUGCUCCGGGGCCAGGGCGAGCUGGGCCGGCCCGGGGUCCCUGCAGAGCGGGAGGCCGAGCCGCGCAUCAAGGAGAGCUGCUCCCCUACUAAGGAGGACGGCCCCAAGCUGGUGGCGCGCCCGCCGUCGCCCUUCAGCAAGGCGGCCCUGGGCGACAGCCUGCGCCUGGCCGGCCUCCUGGGCCGGGAGCCGGGGAAGCCGCCUGGGGCGCCGGCCGAGCGGCCCCAGGGCGAUGUGAAGGUCAAGGAGGAGCGCAGGGAGGACAACGACGCGCGCCCGCAGCGCGCAGCCCCCGCGCCCCCUCCGUUUGGCCCGGGCCCCGCGGCCCGCGAGCGCCUGAGCUGUUCUUGGGAGCCGCUGCGCGACCCCUACUGCGGCCUGGAGCUGCCCCGGCGCGCCCUGCCCGCCGGCGCCGGCCCCGGCCCCGCCGCCCUCCUGGAGCCCCCGGAGUGCCCCUACCGCGACCGCGAGCCCCACGACUACAGCCCCGAGCGCCUGCGGGCGGCGCGCCGCGAAGAGCUGGAGCGCGCGCGGGCCGCGCCCCUGGACGGCGCCACGGCCCUGCCCGCCCUGGGCCCCCUGCACUACCCGCGCCUCGGGCCUGCCGCCGCCGCGCUGCACAACGGGCUUCUGGCGCGGCCCCCGCCCGCCGCCGCGCUCGGCGCACCGCCCCCCCUAGUGGCUGCGGCUGGGUCCCCUGCACCUCCCGGGCCGCCGCGCAACAGGACUACGUCUCUCGGGGGCCGCCCGUCGGGCGAGGCGCGCGACUACUCCCCGUCCCGUAAGGCCCCCGAGGUGGAGGCGCGGUAGAGGACGGGGCGGGAGCCGCGCUUCCCACAAGCACCGCCCCGCCGGUCCGGAGGCCCUGCACCCACCGCGCCUGCGGAGUCGGGGCUUUAAAAUCCAGCUUCUCGGGGUGGUUUUCUGUUGUCUGAGCUUGAGAUAAGCCCUGGAUAAAAAUCCAAUUUGUACAUUUUUUCCCACAGGCGAGAAGCGUUUUUAAUAGAUUUGUAUUUUUUUCAAUUUUGUGCUCUUUAGACAUUUUAAAAGAACAAAAAAGAAACUUGCUUUUUUUAUUUUUCUUUCGAAUUUGCAACUUAAUGGCCUCCGAUCCCUCUCCAGAGCCCCAGGGUUUUUUUGUCUUAUUUAUGGAGAAAACGCGGCCCUUUUGUCCAGCGCACUGUGAGGCCCCCACUCAGGCUGGGCCCUGGCCCUUCUCGGUACUUAGAACCGAAGCUACAGAGGUAUAUUAAAAUAAUACUAAUGUACAAAACUACUUUUGCCUUAUGCAGAAGUGUAAGAGGAUUUCUUUUUUGGUUUGUUUUUUUAAAAAAGCAAAUGAAACAAGUGUAAAUAGUCUGUUAAUAUAACUAUAUGACAUUAAAUUCUUAACCUAGGUAGACUUUGUACAAAGUUUCUAGAAACCCCUCUGGUUAUCCAUUCAACACGGUCACAGAAACCCAUUCGCUGUCAGUUGGAGAUGCUCCCUUUAACUGCAGCAAGGACCCUUCAACUAUGCAAGCGCCCCGAGGCGGACACAUGGGCUGUCUAGGGAAGAAGGUUCCCCCAGCCAACCACAAGUGGCCUCCAGCCCUAGGGGCACCACCCUUGGGCUGCAGGCUCAGGACUGGCCAGCUCUGGCCACAAGGACACUGACCCUCAUGCUGAUUGUGUGGUGGUCUCAGAAUCUGUGCCAGUUUAGAGGUGAAGAGUCUAAUGGUUGAUCACAAAAAAAAUCCCACUUCUGCCCAUUAAUCCUUCUGAAGGCCAUCAGCAGAUAUCUGGCAUGUCCUAGUGUCAUGCCUCCACCAGUGAAGGCCAUGGCUUGGGUUCCUUCUGGUUCUAGUAUUGCUUCCAUAACCACUUGGAUGUCACUGUCCUGCCAACGCCCCUCUUGUUCCCUGGCAUCCACAGCUGUGUCCGUGGGCUUCCAGCCUUUCUGGUCCAGCCAUCAGCACCCAUUUGCUUCAUUUGAUUCUGUAUUUUCAAUCCAUGUUUGUGGACCUUGGUUAUUUUAAACACUAUGUUCUCACGUAAAUCAGUGAAGAUAAAUAUAGCCUUGAUUUGGGAUGAAAA